UUGACUUUUUCUUCCAAUCCAAUCAACUCUUUUGAUAACACAAGAAUACAUCAUUAUUAAUUAAUCUUAUCAAAUACUAAAGUUUUGAUCCAUAUAUAAACCUAAAACUAUACGUAUAGUCGUAUAGACUCUCAUUUCAAUAUAUAUUAAGAUAAAAUCUAUAUAAGUUUUAUAUAGAAGGGAAAAAAAAUGGCAAGUGCAGCUGGAAUGAUGAACGGAUACGUAUCAUCGUCGACGUCAUCAUCGUCGUGGUCGUUCGGAAAAUUAAGGAAAUCGAAUAAAAAGAAAGGAAACCGUAGAGUUAGCUGUGUCUAUUCUAGUACUGCUACUUCAGAUCCUUAUAAAACUUUGAGUAUUCAUCCUGGUGCCUCUGAAUCUGAAGUCAGAAAAGCCUUCAGACAGUUGGCUUUAAAGUAUCAUCCAGAUGUUUGUAGGGGAAGCAAUUGUGGAGUUCAGUUUCACCAAAUUAAUGAAGCUUAUGAUAUGGUGAUGAAUAAUUUGAGGGGAGAAGAAACAAGCAGUGUGGGUGAGAUGGACAUAUAUGGACCGUCGGAUGAAGGAAUAGAUGAGCCGAUGAGAGGAAUGGACGAUCCGGAUUGGGACAUGUGGGAGGAAUGGAUGGGUUGGGAAGGUGCUGGAAUCAGGGACUAUUCUUCACAUGUUAAUCGUUACAUUUGAUUUGAGAAUGAAAUUGAUCCAUUGGUGGUGGUUUUUAAUUAUUACCCCGUUUGAGAUCUCAAAAGUAUUCAUUCAACAAGUGUAUUGUUUUUCCUCUUCUUAAUCUGUACAUAAACAAGUAAAAGUAGUGGUGGUGUGUCUAAAGAGACUGAUGAUGGUAUUAGUUAAGGUUCAUCUCUUCUCUUGUUGUACAUAACUUUGAUUAAUCUUUCUAUUGUGUAAUUGCUGCAUGAUUAACGAUUCAGGAAUAAAAGUUCCCUUGAAUUUGGGUUUUUUUGGUUCAA